AUGUCAUCAGAAUCACUUAAGCGGCAGGCCCCGUGGCGGCCUAAAGAACUAUAUACUGGACCUCCCGCAAAAUUAAUCCUAAAGGAUGGAAAAGAGUUUCAUGGGUACUCAUUCGGGUACGAGAAUCCAAACUCUGCAUCUCCAAGCUGCCUGGAUACUACUGGCGAAGUUGUAUUCUCGACUGCCAUGCUUGGCUACUACGAAGCAGUCACGGAUCCGAGCUUUGUUGGCCAAAUUUUGGUUCUCACUUAUCCACUUAUUGGAAAUGUAGGAGUACCGGAGAACGAUGUUGACGAAUAUGGACUCUUGAGGUGGUUUGAGAGCGCGAGUAAUAAAGUCCGUGGUCUCGUUAUUUGUGAUUACUGCAUUAAUGAUUCUCACUGGCGUUCAACAAAAACAUUUGGAGCCUGGUUGAAGGAGAAGAAGAUCCCUGCAAUUGCUGGAAUUGAUACUAGGGCACUUACAAAGCAUUUGAGAAAUUUUGGAUCCACUUUUGGUCGUAUAGUACUUGGGGAAGAAGCUUUGGCCCCUACUGAUCCUGCGCUGUUGCAAGAUGGCCAUUUCUUUAGUCCAAACGAUUAUACCAUUAGUGAACUAUUUGUAAAUGUAAAGCCAACACUUUACUCACUUGUUGAUGUAGACUCUAAAAUAUAUUUAAAGAAGUAUGAGUUUACCGAACAACAGAUUUUGGAUUUGAUCGCUAAGGAUCCAUACAUUCUACAUACUGCAAAGGGUCUGGAGGAGUACUGUAUCUUUGAUGGAACUGGUAAAUAUCCUGUAGAAUCAUUCGCAAAUAACGCCGACUAUAUCAAAAAUGGUCGCCCAAAACUUUUGAUUAUUGUCGACUGCGGUAUUAAGAAUAGCAUUAUUCGUUCAAUUUUACAAUGGACCUCGGUUGGAACUAAGGCUCUUAUUGUUCCUAGCGCCUUUGAUUUUACAAAGAUAGAAUAUGAUGGUCUUUUCCUUUCAAAUGGACCAGGAAAUCCAGAAAAAUCUACAACUACCAUAAAGAAUGUAAGGGCUGCUCUAAAGAGGCCAACUCCGAUCUUUGGUAUUUGUCUAGGAAACCAAAUUCUCGCUCUUUCAGCUGGAGCUAAGGUCUACAAAAUGUUAUACGGUAACAGAGGUUUCAAUCAGCCAUGUAUUGAUCUCCGUACAUACAAGUGUUAUGCUACCAUUCAAAAUCAUGGUUAUGCCAUAGAUAGAACAACUCUUCCUGAAGGAUGGGCCAUUCUCUUUGAGAAUGCAAAUGAUCAUACCGUAGAGGGUAUUGUCCAUAAGGAACUUCCAUGGUUUAGUGUACAAUUCCAUCCCGAAGUAACAGCUGGACCAACAGAUACAACAUUCCUCAUUCGCGACUUUAUGAAUUGUAUUGAGAGAAAUACCACUCUCCCCUUGCACAUCCGUCAAAUGUCUACCCAUGUAAAGUGCAAAAGAAUUCUCUUGUUAAGUAGUGGUGGUCUUUCCAUCGGUCAAGCUGGUGAAUUUGAUUAUUCUGGAAGUCAAGCCAUAAAGGCGUUGAAGGAAGCCGGUGCUAAAGUAAUUUUGGUAAACCCAAAUGUAGCUACGGUGCAAACUAGUGGAAUGGCUGAUGUUACAUACUUUCUACCAAUUACAUUUGAGUACGUUAGUGAAAUUAUCCGCAAAGAGCGCCCAGAUGGAAUCAUGUGCGGAUUUGGAGGACAAACUGGAUUGAACUGUGGUAUAGAACUUUGGAGAUCAGGUAUAUUGAAGGAAUUUUCCUGCGAAGUCCUUGGUACCUCUAUAGAGACCAUUUUAGACACAGAAGAUAGAGCAAGAUUUAGUCAAAAGAUGCAAGAAAUUGACGAAAGAUGUGCACCAUCUCUUGUUGCUGCAAGUGUACAGGAAUGUUUGGAUGCUGCUGAAAGGUUAGGCUAUCCUGUUCUUGUUCGUGGCAACUUUGAGCUUGGCGGAUUUGGAUCCGGAUUUGCUAAUUGUAAGGAGGAGUUACUCGCAAUUACCGAGAGGAUUUUUAAUACCUCUGGUGCCUUUUGUAUCGCAAAUAGUGAGGGAUCAUCUCAUGGUGAAGGCACUGCCGAAUCAAUCUAUGUCCAUGUGGACAAGUCCUUGUGUGGAUGGAAGGAAAUUGAAUUUGAAAUUCUCAGAGAUAGUAAUGAUAACUGCGUAUGCGCAGCUAGUAUGGAAAACUUUGAUCCACUUGGAAUCCACACCGGAGAUUCCAUCGUUGUUGCCCCCGCUCAAACACUAAAUGGACUGGAGUGUUACAAAUUGAGGGAAGUUGCCUUCAAGGUUGUGAGGCAUCUUGGAAUUGUUGGAGAAUGUAACAUACAAUUUGCUGUGGACACAAAGUCCGAAGAAUAUUUUAUUGUUGAACUAAAUGCGAGACUUAGCAGAAGUUCUGCUUUGGCCUCGAAGGCGACUGGAUAUCCACUUGCCUACAUGGCAGCAAAGGUCGCCCUAGGUUAUGAUCUGGUUCAAAUGAGAAACUGUAUUACACACGUUACUACAGCUUGUUAUGAACCUUCGCUUGAUUAUCUCGUUGUUAAGCUUCCCAAGUGGGAUUUGAAAAAGUUUGAAUUUGCAGAUACUUCUUUGGGAUCAUGCAUGAAAUCUGUUGGAGAAGUCAUGUCUAUCGGUAGGACAUUUGAGGAAGCUAUGCAAAAGGCUAUCAGAAUGGGCAACGAUGAAAUGACAGGUUUCGAGGCUGGAAAUUUGAGCAAUGAAACUCUCGAGAAUGUUAUAAAAGUUUUGAAACAUCCAACACCGGACAGAGUUGCUGCAAUUUUCAGGGCCUUCGAACUCGGCUUAACUGUUAAGGAGAUUAGUGCUUACAGUCUCAUCGAUCCGUGGUUUAUUCACAAAUUACAUAAUGUCUUCAUUGCUACGAAUUCCAUUAAAGAGUUCAAAAGCUUGAAGGAUAUGACCGCUUCCCAAAUGUACUUUUUCAAGACUAUGGGAUUUUCAGACAAACAAAUCGCAAAGGUAUGGACAAAGAGUGAAUCUGCACCGACUGAAGAUGAUGUCAGGGCUCAUCGCAAGGCAUUGGGAAUAUUACCAUUUGUCAAACUUAUCGAUACACUUGCUGCUGAAUAUCCUGCCAAGACAAACUACUGCUAUCUUACCUACAAUGGAGUUGAGCAUGAUGUUGUCCCAUGCAAGCCUGUUGGAACAGAAUAUCCAGGUAUUAUUGUCUUGGGUUGCGGUCCAUACAGAAUAGGUUCAAGUAUUGAAUUCGAUUGGUCAGCUGUUGGCUGUAUCAAGACAUUGAGGAACAUUGGACACGCUGCUAUUAUUGUUAACUGCAAUCCUGAAACUGUGUCUACUGACUUUGAUGUUAGCGAUAGGCUUUACUUUGAAGAACUCACCACUGAAAUUGUCGAUGCAAUUUACCAAUUUGAGAACCCAUACGGAAUAAUUAUAUCUGUUGGAGGACAAACUGCCAAUAAUUUGGCAUGUAAAUUGUCGGAACUUGGGACAAAUGUUUUGGGAACUAGCGUUGAAUCCAUUGAUAAAUGUGAAUGCAGAAACAAGUUCUCUGAAAUUUGUGAUAUUUUGAACAUUGAUCAACCCCCAUGGGAAGAAUUUACCUCAGUCGAAGGUGCAAGAGAAUUCUGCAAAAAGGUUUGCUUCCCAGUUCUUGUCAGACCAUCUUAUGUUCUCUCUGGUGCUUCCAUGAGAGUAAUUACCUCAUUUGCUGAACUGGAUAAAUUCUUGCAAACAUCUGCUGUCGUUAACAGAAGCCACCCUGUCGUUAUUUCCAAGUUUAUAGAAAAUGCAAAGGAAGUGGAAAUGGAUUGUGUUGCCCAACAUGGUAUCAUUCUCAACUAUGCCAUUAGUGAGCACGUUGAAUAUGCUGGAACUCAUUCUGGAGAUGCUACUCUCUUGUUGCCUGCUCAAAACAUCUUUGUGGAUACCCACAGGAGAGUUAAAAAGAUUACCCAAAAGCUUUCAAGACAUCUUAACAUUAGUGGACCUUUCAACGUCCAAUUCAUGUGUAAGAAUGGACAAAUUAAGAUCAUUGAGUGUAACUUGAGAGCCUCUAGAACGCUUCCAUUUAUCUCUAAGACAUUUAACGUUGAUUUCAUUGAUUUGGCUACCAGGGUAAUGGUUGGAGCACCCUUUAGAGUACACAAUAUUCAACUCAUGGAUCUCGACUAUGUAGCUAUCAAAAUGCCUGUGUUCUCAUUUGAUAGGUUGCAUCCAGCUGACCCACUUUUGGGUGUGGAAAUGAAAUCUACAGGAGAAAUCGCUGCCUUUGGAGCAAGCAAGUAUGAAGCCAUCCUCAAGGCCAUGAUUGCUUCCGGUCGCAAAAUGCCCAAAAAAGGUGUUCUUUUAUCUCUAGGAAGCUCGAUGGACAAAUUCAUUUUUGCAAAGAAAAUUAGAGGUUUACUAGGUCUCGGUUUGGAUGUUUAUGCUACCGAAGGUACAUUUGACUAUGUUACCAAGUUAUGGUCAUCUGAAAAGGCUCUUUCAGAUGAUAGUCCAGAUGCAGUAUCUCCAGUUGAAUCUGCACACAAUGUACAGCUUAAACUCAGAGAUAUGACUGAGGAAGUUAUUGAUGUUUCACAUGUUGAUGGUACUCGUAAAAUUGGAAAGUUUUACAAGGUAUUCAAGCCAAGCCAAAAGAAAGAACCAAGUGCGCUAGAUGCACUAAGGGAUGGAAAGGUGGACUUAUUUAUCAAUGUGUCGGAUACUGUAAAUAGUGAACAAACAACCGACGGUUACAUCAUGAGAAGAGCAUUCGUAAACGCCAAGGUUACACUCAUAUCGAGCACAAAGCUAGCAACUCUACUCAUUGAUGCUCUCAUGUUGCAAGACGUCAAAAUCUCAAAGGGAAAGACAUUCUUGCAUGCAAAAAGUCAUCACGAAUAUAUGUCUUAA